UGGAAGCCGGGCGCCCUCCUCCUCUCCGCUGGCUUCAUGCCCUCUCCCCGACGUCACGUCCGGCCCGCGCUGACUUGGACCCCUCGCGCCGGCGGGCGGCCUCUUUUCCUCUCGACGAGCGAAGAUGGCGGAUACGCAGACCGAGAGAGCUUACCAGAAGCAGCCCACCAUCUUCCAGAACAAGAAGAAAAUUCUUCUGGGAGAGCUGACCAAGGAGAAGCUCCCGCGCUACACCCGCAGCGUGGGACUCGGGUUCAAGACCCCUAGAGAGGCUAUCGACGGAACUUACAUUGACAAGAAAUGCCCCUUCACGGGCAACGUGUCGAUUCGGGGGAGAAUCCUGUCUGGUGUGGUGACUAAGAUGAAGAUGCAGAGGACCAUUGUGAUCCGCAGAGAUUACCUGCAUUACAUCCGCAAGUACAACCGAUUCGAGAAACGCCACAAGAACAUGUCUGUCCACCUCUCACCUGCGUUCAGAGAUGUUCAGGUUGGAGACAUCGUGACAGUGGGGGAGUGUCGUCCUCUCAGCAAGACUGUCCGCUUCAACGUCCUCAAGGUCACCAAGGCAACCGGCGCCAAGAAACAGUUCCAGAAGUUCUAAAUCCAUCGUCAAUCAAUCGAGCUAGCGAGUGAUAGAAUCUGCCGCCUCGCUGUGUCCUUUGCAGUGUAGGAUGAAAUAAACACCAAACCCGUUUAUAAAAACAGA